CCAGCAGACGAGACCAUGCCAAGCCAUCCUAUCUGCCUUUCCAAAAUUUUCUACAACGAAACUAACUUCGCCAAACGUCGACAUGUCGGAUUACCCACCUCAAGAUGCCUUCUACGGCGCCGUCGGAGGCGCCGAUGAGUAUCUAGAUGCCAGUUUAAUAUGUGGCACUCAAAGCUCAAAUGUCUAUGAAAAUGAAGAGUACAUUGCCAACUUUGACCUAGAUCUUCUGGCAACCGAACUAUGGCCUGAGUCGAGCGUUGCAGGAGCAACAUCCGACUCGGCGUCUUCUGAAGGAGGCAUUUUCAAUUCCACAUCUAUCUGUUCGCAAGACGAGGAUUUCUUGGGUCUUGGUGCAAUAAACCCCAAUGACUUGUUUAGCAGUAAGAUGCAACCGUCAUAUCCAUCGUCUCACACCACAGACGAAUAUGUUCCUUAUCAGUAUUGCGAGCAGCAGACUACUUCUUAUUCUGAUCAGCCAGUGUUGCACCUGUCUCAGUAUGAUGACAAUUUGGGAGAAUCUUUUCAGCAAAUGAAUAUUUCUCAGCCAUACGAUCAGCAUUCUGGGUAUGCUCAUCAUAAUGACCUACAAAUGGGUGUAUAUCAACAACCUCAUCAACAGUCGGGCAUUCCUUACGGGUGUGACCAACAGUCUGAUGUGUCUGGAAGUGGCACUUCAAAGAAACGGAAAGGCUAUCGACAUCGGCAUCAGCGUCAGUUCCUCAGCAGCGUUGAGGAACGAGAUCGGCGGUCCCGCGUCCUCAACAACGAGGCUUCGGCCAUUUACCGAAGGAAGAUGCACGAUCUCCACGACAAAGCUCGCAUGGAGCUGGAUAACCUUGAGCAGAGGAACCAGCAACUGACGCAGAGGUUCCACCUCCUUCAGAAGUUCUGCUCCGGUUACAGGGCUCGCUUAGCGUCUUUCGGCGUACCAGUAACAAGCAGUUUCUGAUCUUAAGUCAUCUGAUUUUAUUAAAAUAAACACAUUGCUUCAUAAUUAUGUCUGUCAAAUGAAAUUAUUCAUAUGUUUCCCAAAUGAACUAUAAAUAAAUACUUCCUCGAGUUAUUAACUCCCCAUAAUCAUAAGAUCAUUUUUCACUAAUUGUCAUUGAAUAUACAAAUGGAAAGGACUAAUGUUAACAACCAUGAUAAUUAUUACAGUGUGAUAACGAUAAGAGUAAAAACAAUAAUUGAAUAUCUAGUGAUUCUUUGAAAAAAGAAAGAAAGAAACGCAGACGCACAGCAUAUCCCUCUCUCUGCCUUUCUCUAUAAGGAGUGCAGAGGUGUAUGUAUCCAUCUGAUUAUAUAUAUAAUGUGCGUGUGUGUCUGUAAGAGAGAGGGAGAGUACAUGUGUUUGUGGCGGCGCUUUCUGGAGGCGUGUCAUCGGUACAAACAUUUCGAGGAAACGUGGUUUGAGGUAGCACUUCCUUGUUGACAGCAAUCGUUGAAUGAAAACGCUUCAGACGGCGGCGAUUGGUUGGAAACGAUGACGUCACCAAUGCCCGAUGCUGACAGCCUUUUCGCCAGCCUCAACCCAAACCUUAUAUAUCACGAAUGUAAAUUCAUAUGUUAUU